UCCAUGUUUAUAAACUAAAAAAAUGCAAUUUCAACCAUGAUCAUUGGUUUCAACUUUCAACCCGCUGGAAAAUAUGGAUAGUUCUGAUGGAGAUAGUAUUUUACUUAACUUAACUACCAGUUCUUUGAAGGAGGCUAGUUCUGUGGGAAUAAAGAAACGAAAAUUAGAUAAAGCAUUUGAUUCUGGCAAACAACCAAGACGUACUAAGAAGUCAGUAAAAAGCAAUGAUUCUAAUAAUGAGGUCUUAAAGAAUGAUCAUUCUGAAAAGACUGAGAUUAUUUCGUCUUUGUUUAAAAAGAAUCCAGAAUUGCCAGACAUCUCGAGCGACGUUCUUCCAUCAGAACUGAGCAAUGUUCCAAAAAAAGAUGAAACAUUCAGUGAAAGUGGAUUCAGAAAUAUAAACUUAGCACCGUUUAUGAUUUCAAAUCUUGAGAAGAAUCUACACUUGGAAAGAAUGACUAGUGUUCAAAGGGAGGCAAUACCAUUGUUAUUGAAUGGUAAAGAUCUAUUUGUCAAAUCAGCCACAGGCACAGGUAAAACUUUAUCUUACAUUAUACCUAUUGUACAAACACUUCAAAAUAUUUCACCAAAAAUACAGCGUGUAGAUGGUCCAUAUUGUUUGAUCUUAGUCCCUACAAGAGAGUUGGCUAGUCAAACUUUUAAAGUUCUACAACAAGUUUUAAAGCCAUUUAUUUGGAUAGUUCCUGGCUCUAUCACUGGAGGAGAAAGACGUAAAUCCGAAAAAGCUAGGUUAAGGAAAGGAGUUAAUAUCUUAGUGGCAACACCUGGCCGACUUGUUGAUCAUCUUAAGACAACACAAUGCUUAAAAAUGGUACAACUUCAAUGGCUUGUUUUGGAUGAGGCUGACAGGUUGCUUGACCUUGGCUUUGAACAAGAUAUUUCUUUUGUUCUAUCGACAAUUAAAGAACAGACUCCAAGAAUAGUCCAAAAAGUUUUAUUAUCAGCUACAUUGUCAAAAGGUGUUGAGAAUUUACUUGAUGUUAGUAUAGAAAAUCCAGUUAUCAUUGAUAUGACUGAUGAAGGGAACUCAGCUUUUGAGCAAUCUGAUUAUCAAACUCCAAAUCUUCUUGAACAAUUCUGUGUUGUUGUUCCAAUGAAGUUAAGACUUGUAACCUUGGCUGUUUUUCUUCUGCAAAAAUAUCAGGAGAAUUGUAAAGUUAUUGUAUUUUUCACAACUCAAGAUUCUGUGGACUUCCAUUUUAUGCUUUUUUCUUCCACUCUUUUAACAGUCGAAGGAAGCAGUUUGAUGAAGCUACAUGGCAAAUUAACACAAAAUGAGAGGAUUGAUGUAUUUUCAAAAUUCCGCGAGACAAACAAAGGAAUACUAUUAUGCACUGAUGUUGCUGCCCGUGGUCUGGACCUUCCAUCUGUGAAUUGGAUUGUCCAGUACAAUCCUCCUGCAAAUACAACCGAUUAUAUUCAUCGUGUUGGACGUACAGCAAGAAUUGGAACGUCAGGACAAGCUCUAUUGUUUCUGUUGCCUACGGAGGUCCAAUUUCUAAACAUUUUGAGUGAGCAGAACCUAAGGCUCAACGAAGUGAAAAUGAAUGAUAUUCUUAACACAUAUGUGCGCAGUUUAUCUGGGAAAAAGGAAAUUAGUGAAGCACAUUUGCACAGAUCAGUUACUGAACAACAUAUGAAGUUUGAAGAGAAUGUUUGUCUGAACAAAUCUCUGAAGCAACUUGCAUUAACAGCUUUCCAUUCCUUUAUUGGGGCGUAUAACACCUUUCCAUCAUCCACCAAACACGUCUUUCAUUCACGUAAUCUACAUCUUGGUCAUUUGGCAAAAAGUUUUGCAUUAAGAGAAACACCAAGUGAUCUGAAACGUAAGUCACCAAUAGUUGGUAAAAGGAAAGGUAAGAGUUCGCAAAAAAUAAGUGAAUAUUCGACCAAACUGACAAUAUCAGGACAUUCAGGUCCAUUAACAAAGAAGUUAAAAAAGAGAUAAGACUGCUUUUACCACCUUAAUGUGGUGACUUAUUACCAUCUUGAACAGAGUGCACAUAGCAUGAACGGUUUAUAUUGUAGGAUUGAGUGCAUAUGUUUUAUUUUCAUGUAAAUGUUAUGUAAUAUUUUAAUUUAAUAGUAUUUACGUGCAAAUGAUAUAUUCUCCAUGCUAGCCCCUACAGCGG